AUGACCUACUCGGACGAUAUCAAGACCAACCUCGAGUGGACCUCCUCCCUCGAUAUCGACUACCAGUCCACAACUGCCCGCAAGACCUCCAUCAUCUGCACCAUCGGCCCCAAGACUAACACGGUCGAGAUGUUAACAAAGUUGCGCCAGUCUGGCAUGAACAUCGCCCGCAUGAACUUCUCUCACGGCUCGUAUGAAUACCACCAGUCGGUCAUCGACAACACCCGUCAGAGCUGCUUGGAACACCCUGGUCGCCCCGUUGGUAUUGCUUUGGAUACCAAGGGUCCCGAGAUCCGCACGGGAUUGAUGAAGGACGACGUCGAGGUUCCUAUUACCGCCGGCCACCAGAUGAUCAUCACCACCGACGACCAGUACGCCGAGGCCUGCACGGGCGAGCAUAUGUACGUCGACUACAAGAACUUGACCAAGGUCAUUACUCCCGGCAAGGUCAUCUACGUCGACGACGGUGUCCUCUCCUUCAAGGUCCUUUCGGUCGAGGACGACCACGUCAAGGUCGAGGCUAUCAACAACGGCAAGAUCUGCUCGCGCAAGGGAGUCAACUUGCCCAAGACUGAGGUCGAUCUCCCCGCUCUCUCAGAGAAGGAUAAGAAGGAUUUGGAGUUUGGUGUCGCGAACGGCGUUGAUAUCGUCUUUGCCUCGUUUAUCCGUCGUGCCGAAGAUGUACUCGAGAUCCGCAAGACUCUUGGAGAGGCCGGCAAGAACAUCAAGAUUAUCUCCAAGAUUGAGAACCACCAGGGAGUCAUCAACUUCGACGAGAUCUUGGCGGUCACCGAUGGUAUCAUGGUUGCCCGUGGAGAUCUUGGAAUUGAGAUCCCCUGUGCUCAGGUCUUUAUUGCACAAAAGAUGAUGAUCUCCAAGUGCAAUCUCGCCGGAAAGCCCGUCAUCUGCGCAACCCAGAUGCUCGAGUCCAUGACCUACAACCCCCGCCCCACCCGUGCCGAAGUCUCUGACGUCGCCAACGCUGUCCUCGACGGAGCCGACUGCGUCAUGUUGUCCGGCGAGACUGCCAAGGGCUCCUACCCCCUCGAGGCUGUCGAGACCAUGGCCGAGACCUGUAUCCUUGCCGAGUCGGCCAUCUGCUACCCCCCACUCUUCAACGAGCUCCGUCAGCUCCAGAGUCGCCCCACCGAGACAACCGAGACCGUUGCCUGUUCUGCCGUCUCUGCCGCCCACGAACAGGACGCCGGCGCCAUUGUUGUCCUCUCGACCUCCGGAGACACUGCUCGCUUGGUCUCCAAGUACCGCCCCCAGACCAACAUCAUCAUUGUCACACGCAAGGAAGCGACUGCAAGAUCCAUCCACUUGUCUCGUGGAUGCUACCCUUUCAUCUACAAGGAGCCCAAGGUUGCCGACUGGCAGGAGGAUGUUGAUAACCGUCUGCGGUGGGGUAUGGACCAGGCCAUUUCUCAUGGUCUCUUGAAGUCUGGCCAGUCUGUUAUUGUCAUCCAGGGCUUCCGUUCCGGACACGGUAACUCCAACACCAUGCGCAUUGUCGUCGCCUAA